AUGCAUUACCCUUUAAAUCCAGAAACAACAACAGAACAAAUAAAGCAACAUCAACAACCAAACAAUACAAGUAUAGAAACAGAUCUAAUACACAUAAUAAUUAACAAAGACAGAAAAGCCAAUGCUCUAUACAUAAUAGCGAAAUUAAACAAUGAAAACAUUGAAGUCACCAUAGACUCCGGAGCAAAUAUCAAUUGCAUCCGUCCAGACCUAAUUGAUCACAGACUAAUAAGUCCAUCCAACAAAUAUCAACUAUCAGGACCAGACAAAACACCACUACAAUUUAUAGGAACCACAUCCAUAAACCUAAAGAUUGAAAACGUAAUAUUCCAAAUUCCAGUAUGCGUGAUAAAAAACUUAAGCAGCACCAUAAUACUAGGAAAUGAAUUUCUAGCCUCUAACAAAGCAAAAAUCGAUUACACUAAAAAGAUAAUAACUUUAAAUAAAAAUAUCAAAACCGAAAUAAUGAACAACAAAUUUUCACAAAUUGAAAACCAUAUCGACAAUAUAGAACACAAGAUAAUGUCAUCAACAAACAUAAUCGAAACCGAUAUAGACAUACUAAAUACAACACCCAAAUAUUCGAUAGCUCACACAAUCUCUGCCGACCUUCAACACAACACAGAUUUAUCAAAUAAACUAACACAGAAAUAUGGCAACAUGUCAUAUAUACUCGAUAGUUUAGAGCUAAUACCAGGUGAAAUAACGACAAUUGACACAGAAAAAAGAACUAUACAUUAUCUAAUAUCUAAAGAAAAAUAUAACACGCCCACGUCAUACAUAGACAUUUUCGAUAAUUUCUACAAUCUAAAAAACUCUGCCAUAACAGAUGGAUACGAGUACAUAGCCAUAUGCGCGAAUAACAUAACAAACAAUGAACUAAUAUGGGACACAAUUAAAAAUAUGAUAUUUGAAAUAUUUAACAAAACAGAAAUACAAUUGCUCAUAUGCUACACACCCAAACACAAGAAACCAAACAUAAUAUCCAAUAUAAAGAAUACAUACAAUCGCAUUACAAAUACAAACAAUGAGAUUGAAAUCCAAUACCCCCAAUUUAUCAAAAUAUUUUCCAAAUACCACAUGGGAGAAAACGUACUGUCCGAUGGGAAUUGCGGACUAUACGCUUUGACCAACGCAAUAAAUGAUAACAAACCCAAAAAGAUAAUAGCCCUAGCCAAUAUAUUGGACUUGCUAGGAUUAUCAGAAUUACCCAACUACUGGUGGCAUGAUGACCAACUAAGUAGCAUUGCAAAUCACUAUGGAUUUGACACUUAUAUAUAUUCAGAUAAAACUAAAGAUGGAUACGUAUAUGGAUCAGGAUUCAGACCUCCCAUAGUACUGUAUAAUCUAAAUAAUGGAACCCACUGGUGCCCCGGCACACUAAUAAAAAACAAAUCCAAAUCAAAUAAAAUCCCACAGAAAAUAAUAUAUACGGAAAACUACAUUUCCAUACAACAUAUAAAAAACAGACUGGAAUUAGAAACAAUGAUAAACAAUAAAACAAAUCAAAUCAAAGAAAUCCAAACUAUAAAUACAAUCACUACCAAUGACAGAGAAAAAGUAUAUGACAAAGAAGGAACUCAAAUCAACAUAUCCAACAACAUAACUACAGAACAACAUUAUCAAACAGUAGAAUUAUUAAAACAAUUCAUACACAUAUUUUCCACUGACACAACACACAUAAAACCAGCAAAAGUACAACUCUGUCAUAUAAAAAUCAAACCAAACGCAAAGGAGCCGAAAUUCAACCCACCACACAGAAUUUCCCCUUCCCAAAGACAAGAACUCAAAACCCAAUUAGACAAGCUAAUAACAGCAAACAUAGUCAAGCACACUAAAUCAAACUUUGCUUCACCUGCAUUCCUAGUAAGAAAAAAGGAGAAAAACAGUUACAGACUAGUCGUUUCAUACAAAGAACUCAAUAACAUAAUAGAAUCAGACCAAUACCCAUUGCCCAGAACAAUAGAUUUAUUCCGCAGUUUAGAAGGCUCAAAGUUCUUUACAACUUUGGACUUAAACAGCGGAUUUUUUCAAAUUCCAGUAAGAGAACAGGAUCAAUACAUGUUAGCUUUCACUACAGUUCACGGUUUGAUGACAUUCACCAGAUUACCACAAGGCUUCAAAAACUCAAGCGCAAUAUUUCAAAGAGAACUCAAUAAAGCAUUCUCAGACUAUCUAUACAAAUCAGUAAUUAUAUUCAUUGACGACUUAGCUACCUUCGGAGAAAACUUUGAAACAGCACUACACAAUUUAAGAAAUGUAUUCGAAAUUAUAAACCAAUUCGGAUUUUCAUUAAAAACAGCCAAAUGCACUAUAUUCGCCCAGAAAAUUGAACUUUUGGGACACCAAAUUUCCAGCGAAGGCCUCAAACCCUUAGCCAGAAAUACAACAGCCAUAACAAAUUUCGAACAACCAAAAACGGCCAAACAAGUCCGCAGCUUUUUAGGAAUGUGCAGUUAUUACCGAAGAUUAGUAAAAGACUUCUCACAUAUAGCCAACCCAUUAUUUCAGUUAACUAAACACGAUAACAAUAAGUACAUAACUUGGAACAACGACCACGAAGACGCUUUCAACAAAUUAAAAACAAUUUUAACAUCGGAACCUGUAAUAGCACACUUCUCUGAUGACAAAGAUACUUAUCUAACAGUAGACGCCAGCAUAACCGGCCUCGGAGCUGUACUAGAACAACCAGACGAAACUAACAAAUUAAGACCCAUAGGAUAUGCAUCACGAAAAGUACUAGAUUCUGAAAAAACAUAUUCAUCCACAACUCUAGAGCUUUUAGGCUUAGUAUUCGGAAUAACAUAUUUCAGAGAAUUCUUAUGGGGACGGAAAUUCACAGUAUUCUCAGACAACAUUAGCCUACAAUACUACAAAAACUUAAAAAUACCAUCUGCCAGAAUAGCCAGGCUAACAUUAAAAAUACUAGACUUUGACUUCACAAUAAGACAUAAAGCAGGGAAAGAAAACAAAGUUGCCGACUGUUUGUCCAGAGAAAACAUCAUGAAUAUUGUUACGUAUCUCCUUGGAGGUCCGUGCACAAAUAAAAACAACGAACACUUUCGAACUAUAUGUUACUUUCUAUAUUUAACUUGA